AUGCAGAGCCCAAUUGCACUCGAUGCAAAGUCCAACCACGAUAUCACCAGCCAUGAACUCGACACAUCCCAACCCCCGUCAGCCAAAGAUGGACUAUGGCUACAAUUCCUCACAAAAGUCAAAUGGUACCCAACCGACAUGCCACACGCCGAAAAGAAACUCAUCCUCAAACUCGACCUCAUGAUCCUAAUCUUCGGCUGUCUCUCAUUCUUCACAAACGGCAUGAAAGAAGACCUCAACCUAACCGGUAACACCCUAAACUACAUAACAGCCGUAUUCUGGGCCUCGUACUGCACAUCCAUGAUACCAGCCUGCUACUGGCUAACCCGCACGCGAAUAAACAUAGCCCUCCCGAGCCUCGAGGUCGGCUGGGGGCUGUUUACGUUUGGAUGUGCGUGGGCGCGCAAUCUGGAAACUAUUUACGCAAUGCGCUUUUUUAUUGGGAUUUGUGAGUCUUGCUCGUUCACUGGCGUCAUUUACGUGAUCGGCUCGUGGUAUAAGCCUGGUGAGGUGACGCGGCGUGUUGCGCUGUUCUUCAUUGCUUCGCCGCUUGGGACUAUGUUUGCGGGUUAUUUGCAGGCUGCUGCCUAUACGAAUCUUGAAGGGACGCAUGGGUUGGCUGGGUGGAGUGGUUACUUUGUCUUUCCUGAUGUUCCGCAUCGCUCUAAGCCGCGGUUUUUGACUGCGGCUGAGCACGAGAUCGCCAACAGUCGAUUGAAAGGAUUGACGGCACCGAGCGAACUGAAGGUUUCACGGGCGAUCUUCAAGCGUGUCUUUGGGCGCUGGCAUUGGUAUGUCUUUGUCGUUCACUGGAUUCUCAUGGAUCAGAACUUCACCCCGUACUCGACGCCUUUCAGUCUCUAUCUCAAGGCAAAGCCGGACGUCUACUCGGUCUCGCGGGUGAACACUCUGCCAACGAUCGCAACAGCGAUCUCUGUUGUCGCCGCACUCGUCGCAGGCGUUACUGCGGAUCGUCUACACAAUUUCUGGAUUCCAUCUGUGGUGACGAGUAUCCCCGUUUUGGUGGGUGUGAUUUUGUUGGUUGCUUACAAUGUUGGCGAGACGGGACGGCUGGUGGGGUUCAUCAUCACUGGGUUCGAAGGAGCCAUCAGUCCACUCACCAUGAGCUGGGCCACCAUCACUAUGGCCAACGAUGCCGAGGAAAGAGCCAUUGUCACCGCAAGCAUGAACGCCAUUGGACAGGCAAUGGCGGCCUGGACUCAGAUCUUCCAGUACCCGGCUACUGCUGCACCAUACUUCAAAGCUGGAUUUAUCUCUAAUCUGGUCACUACUGUCGGGCAAUUCCUCAGCAUUGGCCUGAUUGCGUUCCUUGUUACCUCUGAGCAUACCAAUGAAACCCACCAGCUGACCCGAUCUCGCUGGUCAUUCGUUCGGUCCAUUCCUUUCCAAAUCGCCAUUGCCAGUGGUGUUUCAUUCACCGCACCCGGAAUGUGGGAUGCGCUGAACAACCUCGGUGCGGGUGGCUCUGCCGAGCCCUACGCCGUCUCGGCCGCGAAUGCGCUGGUCUACGGAUUGUUCGCCGUGGUGUGUAUCGCCGCUGGUGCCAUCAACAACCGCAUUGGUCUUCGUUUCGGUCUCGUUCUCGGUGCCAUCGGUUACCCCAUCUAUGGUGCCGGUCUCUACACUAACAGCUACCACCCUACCACGUGGUUCAUGCUCUUCGGUGCCGCCCUGUGCGGUAUCUCCGCAGGUUUCUUCUGGGCUGCGGAGGCAGCCAUUAUUAUUGGAUACCCCAGCCCGAGCGAGCGCGCUUUCUACCUCGCCAUCUGGCAGACCGCCAAGGCUGCUGGACCCAUCGUCGGUGGUGCUAUCAGCUUGGGUCUUAAUGCCCAGACCUCGGGCAAGGGCACUGUCAGCGCUGCUACCUACAUUGUCUUCAUCGUCAUCAUGUGUCUGGGUCUCCCUAUCGCGCUUUGCCUCAGCCCCGCGGAGAAGGUUCAGCGUAAGGACAGGUCCCUGGUUAUUGUGCAGAAGCAGGAAACCUGGGGCAAGGAAUUCAAGGCCGUGCUUUCUCUUUUCAAGACCCGUCGCGUUCUUCUCCUCCUACCGGCCUUCUUCAUCAGCUACUUCUACAACGGCUUCAUGAGUACUUGGUUGACCGACUACUUCACCGUCCGCUCCCGUGCUUUCUCCUCAUUCUUCACCAACUUCUCCGGAAUUGCCUCCUCUUUCAUCCUCGCUGCGUUGCUCGACCGUCAAAACAUCUACAUUAAGACCCGUGCCAAGAUCGCUUUCACCUCCAUCGUCGUCAUCCUCACCGGAACCUGGAUCUGGGCCAGUAUCUUGCAGAACCAAUUCUACAACGCCGCUGAGCCUCCCUCCUUCGAUUGGUUCAAGGGUGGAUUCGGCAAGAGCUACGCUCUCAUCUUCUUCUGGCAAUUCGGCGGCCAAGCCUUCCAGCAAUUCCUCUACUGGCUCAUCGGCCAAUACAGCACCGACAUCUCGUCUUUAUCCUACCACUGCGGUAUCCUCCGUGGAUUCGAGGCUCUGGGACAGACCGUCGCAUGGGCCAUGCAGAGCGAAGGAGGCGCCAACCACUUCGUCAGCAUUGGCAUGAACUUCGGUAUUACACUUCUUGCCGUCAUCCCCACGUGGAUUGUGCUCUCUGAACUGGAGCACAGCCACGAGGUGCAGGUCACCGCGGAGGACACGAAGAUGGCUCCGGCCGACGAGUCAAAUGCUUGA